AGACUUCGUCCUGUAAGACUUAAAAGCACUUCACAGCUUGAGGAAGAGAUGUUGGCAAAGAUGCUUAAGUUUAAAGCGCAACCUUUGAAUAAGAAGAUUUUAGCAGCUCCAGCUUUGCCCGCACCACAAAGAAGUACACCACAUCCUCCAGAAUUUCAGGAGUUCCAUCUAGAAACAAUGGCACAGGCUAGCCAGCAUGCAGAGACAUCUUCAGUAGUCUCGACGGAAAUGUCUAAGCAUAAUGACUGGAUGCCUCAUCUCACUGAACCAAAGAGCCCUUUGCUUCAAACAAUGCUGAGAGCUCGUCCUUCUAAUGCAAAAACUUCAAAUGAAAUUGAGCAAGAGGAACUCGAGAAGGUGCCAAGAUUCAGAGCAAGACCUUUGAACCAAAAGAUAUCCGGAAGUAAAGGAGAGACGGGAAUAUAUUGCAACACAAAAAAGCAUGUAACCAUACCUCAAGAGUUACACUUCGUGACAGAUGAGAGGAUUUCACGGCCAAAUUCUGUUAUAGAUCUAUUUGACAAGCUCUCUUUGAACUCAGAUUCUUGCCGUGAAAAGCCUCUACAAAGGAACACUACACCAAACCCUUUGCUUCUUAGGACCGAAGUCCCACCAAAACCAGAGCCUAAGCAAUGCACAAAACCAGAACCGUUCCAGUUAGAGAGUCUAGCUAGGCACGAACAGGAAAUGCGGAAAGAAAUGGAUGAGAGGAUUAGAACUCAGAGAGAAAAGCCAAAGAAGAGUCUUCAGAGCACAACCAUAAGAAGGCCUCUUACAGAAAUUCAAGAGUUUAAUCUCCAUGUGGACCAUCGGGCUAUCGAAAGGGUAGACUUUGACCGUAAAAUCAAAGAGAAAGAGAUGAUGUACAAGAGAUACCGCGAAGAGACUGAAGCCGCAAAAAUGGUAGAGGAAGAGAGAGCUCUGAAACAACUGAGAAGGGCAAUGGUUCCUCACGCCAGACCAGUGCCAAACUUCAACAACCCAUUCUUACCUCAGAAGUCAAACAAGGAGACGACGAAACCAAAGUCACCAAAGCUUAGAGUGAUUAGAAGAGUCGGCAGGAGAACAAUGAUGAUGGCUUCUCACAUGAGGUAGCUGUUAAAAAGUAAAUAGACUAAGUAACAGCAGAUAUUGCUGUUCAAGAACGCUUGAACCGCACCAACCACACCUCUUCUCCAUUGUAAAAUGAGGCAGUAGUAAAAUCUUCCUGAGAUC